UUUUUGGGCCUGUUUAUUCGGAAGCUUGUGUCUGCGUGGCAGAAGGUCGCGUGUUAUUGGUAGGCUGAGUGGCCUCAUGAGCGGCGAUUCCAUCUGCGCCGUCGCCAGUCCAUGAUAGCGCAAAAUUCUUCUGCUAGGAACUUUUCUUGUCAAUCAGUCAUAAUUUUUCUCAACACUGUCACUUACCAGGUUGCCACAGAAAGCUCACAAUAUGGCGUUUCUGAGAGGGUUUCUGGGAAACCUGCGAUCGCCUCGAAUGGAACCGGAGCCUCACAGGGUCGUGGAAGUGAAGCCAGAGGAGUACACCCAAUGCCUCGUGGUUGCCCGCGAAGACUCCUUAGUGUUGUAUGGCUGCGCUUCUGACGGUGACCAUAAAAAGGAGCAUUCGACGUACAGCAUUAUUCUACACCGCGAUGUUAGCCGCUUCCCGCACACAGCUUUCAGCCUCCUACGCACCAAGGAAUUGGAAGAAGCCGAAGAGGUGUUUGACCAGCUCAAGGACAAGCUACCGAUGCUGUUCGAGAGAAUAUCAGAUGGGACGACACGAGACCUUGUGCAGGAGGCGGUUGCCUUGGUCCACUCGUACCCCUCAUGGACACCGGCUCACCUAGCGGCACACCUUGGUCUCAUCGACUGCUUCAAGGACCCUAGAGUGGCAGCCCAGAUCAACGAGGUGACCAACGACAACUGCGUGACUGCUCUGCACGUGGCGAUACGGGCCCAGAAACUCUCAUCCGUACAGGUACUAAUGGCCAUGGAUGCAAGGCUAGACAUCGUUGACCAUAACGGGGAUACCAUCUAUCAUGCCGCCGCUGUCACCAAUAAAGAUAUCAUCAAGGCUCUGUCAUCACGCCCUGUGCCUUCUGCCGUUAUUAACCAAGUGAACAAGGACGGCUACACCCCGCUGCAGUUGGCUUGCCUGAUGGACAAGCCGAAAUGCGUGAGGGAACUCCUCAAGGAAGGCGCCGACGUUAAUUCUGCUUCCGUUAACCUGUGUCCCGAUCGCAACAAUGCCACCACCACUGUCUGCGUUGGGCGAGACCACGUGGAACAGAACGAGCACAAUUUUCAGAUUGAAGAUAUGAAGCACGGAGGAACGCCACUGCAUUGGGCAAAGACCACUCAGUUCCUGGAGACCAUGAUUGACCUAGGAUGCGACGUUGACGCCAAGAACUUCCAGGGUAACACUGCUCUGCACAUCAUGGUGGCACGCAACAGGCUAGCUUGUGUCAUCAGUCUUCUCAGUCAUGGAGCCAAUGCCAAUGCGAUGGGAAGCGACGGCGACACACCCCUGCACACCGCUGUCAGAGUUGCUAUGCCUACGAACGAUGACAGACUACUUUUCUUGGAACAAGUUUCCAAGACGAAGAAAUCGAAGCCGAAAGCAGAACUGCCAAAAAGCGACGUGUCACUGAUCCAGGCCCUGAUCAUUUUUGGAGCAGACGUCAAUCAACCAAAUCAACGUGGGGAGACUGCACGCCAUCUGGUGUCCAUCUCUCAACAGCAGCAGACUGGCAAGGACCACUGCGUCCUCUACACGUUGCACGCCGUCGGUGCGAAACGCUGCGAGAUCAAUAGAGGUUGCGCUGAAGGGUGCGCGCCUGACGGCACAUACGACGGCACACCCCCGGAGAAGCCAAAUUUUAUCAAAGCGCCGCAGUUCUAUGACAAGAUCCUGGGACCGACGAUCGUGAAGGCCGCUCUAAAUCGUCGUCACGAAGAACUGCGAUCUGGCCGUCCUCGCAAGAAUGGUCGUCUGCUGUGCCUUGACGGCGGAGGCAUCCGAGGUCUAAUUAUUAUUCAGAUGCUGAUCACCCUCGAGUCCAUCCUCGGUUGCGCUGUCAUUGAGUGCUUCGACUGGGUGGCUGGUACCAGUACGGGAGGAGUCCUUGCUUUGCUUCUGGCUUGCCGUAAGACACCACGGCGAUGUCUGCAGCUAUACUUCAGCCUCAAGGACAAAGUGUUCAUUGGGACUAGACCUCAUGACGCUGAGUCAUUGGAGCGAUUCCUGCAGAAAGAGGUCGGCGAGAACACAGUCAUGACAGAUAUCAAGCAUCCAAAAUUGAUUAUAACGGGAGUUUUGGCUGAUCGACAUCCUGCAGCCUUGCACCUGUUCCGGAACUACGACUGCGCGAAAAAAAUCCUCGGUCUCUCUGCGAGCGACUCGGAGUUUAGGCCUUGCACACCGCCAAACGAGCAACUGGUGUGGCGAGCAGCGCGUGCAUCCGGGGCAGCGCCGACAUACUUUCCUCCUUUUGGCCGCUACCUGGACGGUGGUCUCAUAUCUAACAACCCGACCCUCGAUGCAAUGACGGAGAUCACCGAGUACAAUGAAGCACUAAAAGCUACGGGCCAGGAAGAAAAAGUGCAGCCUAUGGAAGUUGUGGUGUCCAUCGGAACGGGCAAGGCUCCUGUGGUGCCCAUAGCAGCAGGCACCUUGCACACGGGCACUGGGUUCUUCGGUGCCGCCAAAAUGGCUUUCGGAGCUAAGGCCCUGAGCCAGUUGAUCAUCGACCAAGCGACGCAAGCGAACGGUCGUCUUGUCGACCGUGCCCAAGCUUGGUGCAGUGCCAUUGAUGUGCCCUACUUCCGCGUCAAUGCUCCCAUCUCAGAGGACGUCAGCCUCAAUGAGACGGAUAAUCGGCUCCUCGUUCGAGUUCUAUGGGAGACCACGGUUUAUAUGAGAGCUCGAAGGACCCAACUCGAAGAAUUGGCCGAACUCAUCCGGCCAGAUAUUGCACGAUAGACCCAAAAUUGUGUAUUUCCGAUCUGUACCGGAUACUUCCGAACUAAUCUAAGAAUUACUUACGUUACAAUGAUUUCACGUCACAAAACGCGACGUACAAUAGUAGUAGGUGGAAUAUAUUUUUACAAGUUCCUGAACGCGAGUAUCAAAAUCUUUCUCUAGAAUGCACAAAGCUUUAUUUAGACAUAUUAAAUAACUGACUGCACCAAA